GAUUUUAUUCAACUUCCGUUGCGGGAAAAAAUUGGAGGCCACAACACCCACAACAACACCAACCAUCAAGGAUCAAGCAAGCGGAAUCUUGUAAUUCUCGGAGCUUCUACAACUGCUAUUUCUAAUUUCUAGACUAUUGCGAGCUGUUUGUGUCUGGCAUGUCUAGCUGAGACUGAGGACGGAGCCUGCAGUCUGUGAACAGGGUGAAUGUGAUUUAUGAGAAGCACAAUGCAGCGCAUCUCUCGAAUGAAACGAGAACUUGAAAUGAUGGAAAGGGCGCCGCCUCCAGGUGUAAGUUGCUGGAUGAAAGAUGGGGAUGCGACUCGUCUUGAAGCCCAGAUUCUUGGAGGUGAAUCCACGCCAUAUGCUGGAGGGAUCUUCAAACUUGAGAUACACAUUCCAGACAGGUACCCCUUUGAGCCUCCGAAGGUGCAGUAUGUGACCCCUAUCUACCACCCAAACAUUGAUACCAGUGGAAGAAUCUGUCUGGAUCUACUCAAGAUGCCCCCUGCUGGUAACUGGAAGCCAAGUCUAAACAUAUCCACAGUGCUGACGUCCUUACAGCUGUUGAUGGCUGAACCCAACCCUGAUGACCCUCUCAUGGCUGAUAUUUCUGCAGAAUUCAAGCACAAUAGAGCAGUGUUCAUAGAGAAGGCUAAAGAGUGGACAAAGAAACAUGCUACACAAGAUAUUCCACAGACAUCCGCAGGCACAUGUGACUCCUCUGACGAAAGCAGCUCUGAAUCAGAAUCAGAUGAAUCCGAUGAUAGCGAAGAUGAAGAGAACAAGUCAACCAAUCAGAACACACAUAUUUUGAAAUCCUCCAAUCAGAACUCUUCUACCAAAAGCAGCUUUGCAGGACAGAAAGAACUGACCAAUGAGAGGAGAGGAGAGAAGCGAUGUUUACAGGAAGUCAAUGGGGAGUCGUUGUCUGCCAAAAAGAGUCACCUGACUACCUGAAAUAAGACAUUUGAGGUCGGAUUUGCAAUUGAAAAUUCAGAACUCAAGAAUUUCUGGACAGAUUCCUAAUAAAGAUCAACACUGAUCAAAACUGAGUGAUGUUCAUGUGACAUAUGCUGCCUAGAAACCUGGACAAAGCUGCCGUUUACGCAGUUCACUGUAUCUAAAACUGCUGUAGUUUAAGUUGUGCGUAAAGUUUAGGAUGACUUUACAAAGACUUGAAUAUGAAGAGCUAAAUGAGAUUCUCAAAUCAUUUUAAUUUCGUAAGCUAAAGUUGUAAUAUGCAGAUGUAGAGUAGAUUAACCUAAUCAUUAUUAACAAAACGUUUUAAUGCAAAGUGUAUUUUUG